AUGGUCCGUUCCAACAAACCAUCUGCUAUCGGACUGGGCGCUUCUUUGCCCCAGUCUACCGUCUCCAUCAAUGAUAACGUUGUCGAGGCGAAUUUGCCGACCGGGGAAUCCGUCGCGGUCCACCUGUACGGUGCCACCGUCACUUCGUGGAAGGCAAAUGGCCAGGAACAGCUGUUCAUGAGCGAAAAGGCCCAUCUGGAUGGCUCCAAGCCGAUUCGUGGUGGUAUUCCCCUUGUCUUCCCGGUCUUUGGGCCUCCCCCGCAAAACCACGUUACCUCCCCACUGCCCCAGCAUGGAUUCGCACGGAACUCGAACUGGGAAUACCUGGGCAAGUCCUCUGCCGAAGCAGCCGAUAACCAGGGAGACCAGGCUGUGAAGCUGGACUUUGGUCUUUCGCACACCAUGUUGAGCGAGGAUUUCCGCAAGGCUUGGCCAUAUGAGUUCGGACUUGUCUACAGCGUCACUUUGACCAAGACUUCGUUACAGACUCAGCUGCAGGUGCGCAACGAGGGUACACAGAACUUUGAGUUCCAGGUUCUGAUGCAUACAUACCUGAACAUUGCCGACAUUUCCGCUAUUCGCGUCAAGAAUCUCGAAUCCAAGACCUACAUUGACAAGACCCGCAACGCUUCCUCGCACACCGAAACCUCCUCGGCUCUGGCCAUCACCGGAGAAACUGACCGCGUCUACCAGAACCUUGAUCCUUCCGUCCCGAUCAUUGUCGCCUCGGCUGCGGACGACCAGCCUCUGUUUUCGAUCACACGCGAGGCUUUCACUGACGUCGUGGUCUGGAACCCGUGGAUCGAAAAGGCCAAGGGAAUGGCGGACUUUGGCCCGGAUGAGGCAUACAAGAACAUGAUCUGCGUUGAGGCCGGCUCUGUCUCCGGUUGGCAGACUCUUGAAGCAGGCGACUCGUGGGAGGCUGGUCAGAUCAUCAAGUCGCGGCUUUGA